AUGACCAGCCAAGGGCUUUCAGUGACAGACUAUGCACCUUCCACUGGGAUAACAUGUCCACAAACUUCCCUCCUCCGCGUUUUCUCUGCUCAAAACCAGAGUCUGAAUCCAAGCGAGAUUGAUUACAUCCAAGGCCGAGAAAACGUACUACUGGACGCCUGGAAUAUGUGGAUAGGGAAAGGCUCCAAUUUGGGAUACAAUAUGACCUUCUCUGCAGACAAUGCUCCCAGAGUCGGUAUAGCGUUGAGUGGAGGAGGUUUCCGGGCAAGUUUGUAUGGCGCUGGCGUCCUCAAUUCUUUGGAUGCACGUAACGCCUCCGCGAAGCAAGCGGGGACCGGGGGGCUGCUCCAGGUCGCAUCAUACAUGGCCGGGUUAUCAGGCGGAUCUUGGUUCAUUUCUUCACUAUACUCGAAUGAUUUCCCCACCGUUCAGGACUUGAUCUUUGGAAACGGAAAUGAACGGGCAGGGUGGCUUCUUGACUUGGACCUCUUCCUCCCUGACGGCGUCGAUAUAUUUAACGAAGAUAAUCAAGCAUAUUACGGAAGCAUUAUGUGGAGUGUCAUUGCGAAAGCCAGUAAGGGAAUCGACACCAGCUUAACCGAUCCUUGGUCUCGCGCGCUAUCGUACCAUUUUUUAAAUCAAACCAACAGAGCCAACUUCUUCACGAACGAUUCCGCGCAUGGGGCCGGACAGCUCUGGUCUGAUAUACCUUCAUCUCAGGUGUACCAGCAACGAAACGUUCCAUUCCCUAUCAUUCUGGCAAACUCCCUACCAAAUGGAUCGAAUUAUACCGGGGUCUUACCGCCCGAAGCCACAGUCUUCGAAUUCUCUCCGCUGGAGCUGGCUUCGUAUGACCCAAGUCUUUCCGCUGCGAUGGAUCUCAAAUUCGCCGGGUCUAAUCUGACUGAUGGAAAGCCGGUGGAUGAUCGGGUCUGCAUCGAAGGUCUUGAUGAAAUUGGGUUUGUGAUGGGAACGAGUUCGAGUAUGUUCAAUCAAAUUCUCGAUGAGGACACGGAGAAAUUUCAGGAGGAUAAGUAUUUCGAGGUCAUGACAUAUCUAUUGGCGCGGUUAUUGGAGGAUGUUCGGACCCGGGAUGAUGACGUUGCCAACUGGCCCAACUCUUUUAGGAAUGUUGCACCUUCUACGUUUGUGGAUACGAAUAGUGACUGGCUAGAACUCAUUGAUGGAGGAUCCAAUGGUGAGGUCGUGCCUUUCAAUCCUUUACUAGUCAAGGCCAGGGGACUGGACAUCAUCGUGGGUAUAGAUUCGAGCGCCGAUGACGAAAAUAACUGGCCAAACGGCGAAAGUGCUAUCUUCACGGCGAACAGAACGUCGAAACUGCUUAACGACACGCAUCAGCAAUUCCCUCCGAUACCCUCCACCACCCAGGAAUUCAUCGACAGGGGUGCCAACCAAAGGCCCACCUUCUUCGGUUGCGAUCCACAGCAGUCACCUCCGGAAUGCCCACUCGUCAUCUACUUGCCAAAUUCUCCGCCUUUGACAGGGGAUUAUCCAGUCACGAACACUAAUACCUACAAAUUUUCUUACACACAGAAACACAGCCAGCUCUUCAUCGACCAGGUCUUUUCCAAUACCAUCGGAGGAUUUGCACCCAACUCCAACUCGCCUGGUUCCAGCUUUGGGGAAUGCCUACAAUGCGCAGCUGUAGAUCGAGCACGGCUAAAGUCAACGGCCUCAGUGUCUCGAUCUGAGGUGUGCUCUCGGUGUUUCGAGCAAUACUGUUUCGACCCGAAGAACCCACCAACACAGGUGGAAUCGCCCAAUAGGAGAUACGUAUUUGUCGAUCCAGAUUCAGAGAGUCAUUUCGGACGGCACAAGGCGGCCAUUAUUGGAGGCGUGGUUGGGGCUGUGGCCUUGGUUGUGCUGGUUGCUGGCAUGUACGUUGGGCAUUUCUUUCUCCCCUGGCGGGAUAUACUGAUUGAACCGUAG